UUGCAAGAACCAUACCUUUUCACAUCAAGCAGCUGUUUACUACAGUUUGGGUACACAUUGCGAAGGAAAAUCAGUCAAAUACAUCCGCCCACCAAAUAUUGAGAAUUGAACGUAUUUUUUAUUUAUGGUAGUUAGUUCGUUACUAGCAUUUUCGGCGCCCUUGAAUUCGUCGAGGUUAUCACGCGUUUGUAACCAUGACCCAAGGUUUUGUUAGUAAUGUUCCUAGUGGAUCUAGCGGUAAAGCCAAGGAAGGUCAGUAUGAAGAUAAAGGAAAACCUGCUGCCAUCAGGUCAAGCAACAUAGUUGCUGCCAAAGCUGUCGCCGAUGCAAUUCGUACUAGCCUAGGACCCAAAGGAAUGGAUAAAAUGAUACAAGAGGCGAAAGGUGAUGUCACGAUCACUAAUGAUGGAGCCACGAUAUUGAAACAAAUGAAGCUUCUUCACCCUGCAGCCAAAAUGUUGGUAGAAUUAUCGAAAGCUCAAGAUAUCGAGGCAGGUGAUGGUACCACUUCCGUAGUUGUUCUAGCAGGAAGUCUUCUUGAUGCUUGCUCAAAACUGCUAGAUAAAGGUAUCCACCCAACCUCCAUCUCAGAUGCUUUCCAAAAAGCUGCAUUAAAGGCUUGUGAUAUCCUGGAGAGUAUGUCUAUCCCUGUAGAUCUGGGAAACCACGAGGAACUUAUCAAAGUGGCUACAACCUCACUUAAUUCCAAAAUCGUCUCACAACAUUCGGAUUGCUUGGCACCCAUAGCCGUAAAAUCUGUCUUGGAUGUUAUAGACCCAGCCUAUCCUAACUCCGUCUCUCUAGAUGAUAUUCGUGUCGUGAAAAAACUUGGAGGCACGGUCGAAGACACCAAGUUAGUCGACGGUCUUAUACUCACCCAACGUGCUGAAUCUGCUUGUGGCGUUAAAAGAGUAGAGAAAGCGAAAAUAGCUCUUAUUCAGUUUUGUAUCUCUCCUCCAAAAACAGAUAUGGAAAAUAAUGUCGUCAUCACAGAUUAUACUCAGAUGGAUAGAAUCAUGAAGGAAGAAAGACAAUACAUUCUCAACAUCAUCAAAGCUGUUAAAAAGGCUGGGUGUAAUGUCUUGUUGAUUCAGAAAAGCAUUUUGCGAGAUGCUGUAAAUGAAUUGGCUCUCCAUUACUUUAAUAAAAUGAAGAUUAUGGUUGUCAAGGAUAUCGAGCGAACAGAAGUAGAAUUUAUAUGCAAGACACUGCAUUGCAUACCAAUAGCAAGUCUAGACCAUUUCAAUCCAGAGUAUAUGGGAUCUGCCAAUUUGGUUGAAGAAUCAGAGGCAACCGCUCAUUGCGUUCACAUCACAGGUAUUGAGAACAGGGGAAGGACAAUAUCAAUCUUGGUUCGGGGUUCCAAUAAACUUAUGUUGGACGAAGCUGAACGUUCAUUGCACGAUGCACUUUGUGUUAUUCGAUGUUUAGUAAAAAAGAGAGCUAUGAUCUCAGGUGGUGGUGCACCAGAAAUCGAAAUUGCCCAGAAGUUAGCUGCAUUCGCUAACACUACACCUGGUCUUGAUCAAUAUUGUUUCCGUGCCUUCGCUGAUGCAUUCGAAGUUAUUCCGUACACAUUAGCAGAAAAUGCUGGUUUGAGUCCUGUACAAACUGUCACUGAACUACGAGCUUUACAUGCUAAAGGGGAGAAAAAUGCUGGGAUCAAUGUUCGAACGGGCGCUGUCGUGGAUAUUUUGGCACAAAACGUGAUUCAACCAAUGCUGGUCAGUUACAGCGCUGUUACUUUAGCUACAGAGACUGUACGUAGCAUCCUCAAGAUAGAUGAUGUGAUCAAUGCAAUCAGGAAUUAAGCAAUUUCGUAUGGCUCCGAUACUAAAUAUGUGGAACUUGUUGUUUUCAUGAAAUAUAAUGUUUUAUCGAAUUCAGUAGUUAUCUUCAUAUUCAGUCCAAAACUUCAAAGACUCCAAACCUUCAUGUGUUACUCACAUGCCUUAACAUAUUUCUAGUGAAGUUGACUAGAUAUGCAGUAUUGUAAUUAUACAGGUGUUUAGUUUCAACUUUAAAAGUCCUUUUCCCAUCUCAAUUUAAUAACCACAUAAUCACGAUUAUAAAAAUGUAAUCUCAAAUCUAAUCUACAAAUCAUCUUAAUGUAAAAUGAUCAUUGACCACCACUUGACAAAAAUGCUGUGGUUGCAAUGAAUCAUUUUUUAUCAGUUCAUUUCAUUAACCAGACCCACAUCAUUCAAAAGCUUUUUCACAAGUAACAAUUACUCACUAAUAAAGCCAGUUAUGAAUCAGUUGAAUGAGACUGAGUAUUAUUUGCGUUUUAAUAUUCACUUUCAGAUAAACAGUUAUGUAUUCUAUAACCACUAGAGUUAUUAUCAUCGAUGUAUCUAAUUACGUCCUAUAUUUUAAAAAACAUCCACCCAUGUUUCAAGCCAAACUAAAUAGCCCCAAAUACUCGUAGUAAACUAAACAGCUUCCUAACUAACGUAUAAUUUAAUUACCAAUGGUACUCAUAAAACAUAUAAUUUCCUAUAGUAGUACCAAAUCUAAAGUAUAUUUUGAUUUUGUUAAUACAAAAGUUGCUUUUACAGUUGAUCUAGCCAAAGUUAUCCAAGAGUAUAUUUUAUUAUAGAAAGAAGUUGAGAUUUUGCAAUGAAAUUCCUGUUUUCAGUGGCACGUAAAUAUACUAAGACGUUUCUAUGGUUUGCUUCCUGUCUAUUCACAGUAUUCUGUCACGUAAACACUAAAAUACCAUAUGUAGUGAAAGUAGCGAAUCCUUUUCAUAAUGACUACACCAUAGGAACUUAUUGACCAAUAUUUUGGACAUCUUAGCAAUUAUUAAACUACAAAACUUUUAGUCUUACAGAUUUUAGUUCAAAAUAAAAAGAAAGAACAACUUUCGCCUGUUAAAUAUAAUAAAUUAAGUAGUUGGGAUGCCUAUAGUGUUUGGUGUAAACAAACUUAUCCGGUGUCUAGGGUAAUGAUAUUGUGUGCAGCCAUAAAUUCCCGAAUAUCAGUAGAUGUGAAUUAUAUGUUUACGUUGGAACUAAGUACUUGUUUUUGAAUUACAUUAGUUUGUAGUAGCCCCAUCGCAUCCGACUUCGGAAAUACCUUUAGAUUUCUACAGUUUAUUCCAAUUUUUGUUUGUAUUUCCUUCGAUUUCUUGAAAACACUAACUCUGAAAGUUGUACUUUCGCGCCGAAUUGAAGUCUGAUUUGCUGCUGAAGUCAGCUUAAAAUAAAUUCAUUUG